UGUAUUCAUUUGCAGAAUGAGGGAAAUUGAGGAAAGUGAGGCACUUCUUGUGCAACAGAUGGAUAGAGGCUGUAAAUGCAGUUGGAAUUGGUCUUGGCUGAAACUUGAAACUACAAUCAAGGUCCAUGCAGUCAAACACACAUUCAUACUGUCUGACUUUUUUCAGAAAAUUGAAAAAAAGGGUUGUGCUAAAUGCACUCUCUGCAUGAAGGAAAUUAACUACAGUAGCAGAGGGGUGCAUGCCCUGUAUGCACACUGUCAGACAUCCAUACACACAAACAGAGUGACCUCAAUCGUAACAACUCAAAGUGUGGCACAACUCUUCCGUAAGGAAGAUCCUUUACCAGCUACUCAGAACCAGGCCUCAGCAGCAGAAAAGAUCAGGGAAAGUGUUAAGCUUCCAGUGCCUAUGUGUAAUCGCAUUGGUAAUGGAGAGGUAUGUGUGUGUGUGUGUGUGGCCUGGUAAACCCUACGUUAUGGGGACCCCAUAAGGAUGGCAAUAUCCGAAAUCCUUGUUCGUGUGGGGACAUUUUUUGGUCCCCAUGAGGAAAAAACGGCUUAUAAAUCAAAAAAGUGAUGUUUUUUUGAAAAUGUAAAAUUGCAGAAAGUUUUCUGUGAUGGGCAGGUUUAGGGAUAGGGUUAGUGUAAGGGAAUAGAAUAUACAGUUUGUACAGUAUAAAAAUCAUUAUGUCUAUGGAAAGUCCCCAUAAAACAUGAAAACACUACGUGUGUGUGUGUGUGUUGAAGACUAGUAAACCAAAAUAUUUUUUAUGGAAAUGAGUACAUAAUGAAGACAAAGCAAAUGGAGAUGAACUAAAUUAGUUUAAAAUGAAUCAUUAAAUGAGUAAUUUAUGUAUUUUCUUUCUCUAUUCACUAGGCAAUGGUCCUGGCAGUUAUUGCUGAGCACUCUCUACCUCUGACAAUAGCACCUGUGUUGGUGGAGUUAAGCCAGUGUCUAGCUGCAGACAAGGCAGCCCUUAGCCAAAUUAAACUCUCCCGCACUGCAGCUUCUUAUAAAAUGGUGUAUGGUAUGGGCCAUACAUUUGCGGAGAGAACUUUCUCCAACUUACGACAAUACACCUUCUCUCUGAAUGUGGAUGAGAGUACCUCCAGCAGUAAUAAGAAGGUCCUUUCUAUGUUGGUCAGCUACUUCAACAAAGAGCUCAAUGAUGUUGUGGUUGAACACCUGGGCUCCCUUGAAGUUGCGAAAGUCAGUUCAGCUAGUUUGGAGAGGGUGAUGUGUGACUUUUUUCAGAAAAAGAACAUUCCUUGGUCGAACCUAAUUAGCAUAAUGCUAGACUCAUGCAACGUGAUGCGCGGGAGCAAAUCAGGGCUGGAGACAAGGAUACGAGAGAGGCAUUGUUCCACUCUGCUCGAUGUGGAUGGUGACUCUUGCCAUCACAUCCACAACUCUGCAAAGAGAUUUGCUGAACCUUUUGAAAACUACUUGGAGCAGCUCUUUGCUGACAUCCACACAGACCAUCAAUGGGCACCAGAUCAGUUGGGGUACCUGAAAGAAAUAGCAGAGUUCCUGGACAUACCUGCCACAAAUCCCCAGCGAUUUGUCUCCCAUCGUUGGUUGUCAGCUUAUGACGUAGGGAUCAAUACUAAAAGAAUGUUACCUGUGUUCAGAGUGCUCUACUUUGGAUUUAUGGGAAAGCAGGACCAAGAACUGUAUAAAGAAAUAUUACAGGACCUGUACAGAGACCUUGGUGUGAGUGAAAAGGCUCAACGAAGGGUUGAAUUUAUUCACCAGGAUCUCUGCAAGAAGGGAAUGACUGAUUUGGGGAAGAAAAGGAAGGCCCGAAUUGUAAAGAAGAUUUGGGUGGAAAACCAAAAAGUGAACCUUAUUCUUAGUGUGUACCUUGGUGUCCUCCCAAUUUUGAAGGAAUACGUGAUGGUCUUUCAAGGAAGUAAAACCUUGGUUCACAAGCUUCAUGACAAGCAACUUGAAGUGUUCAUCAACUUUCUUGCCUGCUUCAUCAAGCCUGAGCAUCUGAAGAUGUCGCCAAAGAAAUUGCUAGAAUUGGACUUGGCCAAUAACACACUUCACUCCCAGAUUUACGUUGGGAAAGUCGCAGAAGACCUGAUUGCAGCCCAUCCAAAGCAUCCGAUAAUCAUGGAUUUUAUUGGGAAGGUGACCAAGGCAUACACAGCUUGUGGCAAGUACAUGCAGAACAAACUACCUCUCAAAAGUAAGACCCUACAGGCCUUGUCCUCUAUUGAUCCUGUGGUGAGGGGCCAUUCCCAGGCUGUUACUCAGCUGAAGGAGUUGGCUAGGAUCAUGAAACAUUUAGUGCCCCUAGAGAGUGACAUCACCCAGGAGAUCAUUAGGUACAAUGUGGACCCCAACCUGGCCAAGUAUGAAGAUGGAGAUGACAUUGUGAAGUGGUGGGCCCAUGUCAUGAGUUUGGGGAAGUAUCCAGCUCUCAGCCAGGUUAUCAGAGGGGCCCUCUCCAUCUUCCAUGGACCACUGGUAGAGUCCUCCUUUAGUCUCAUGGGAGAUGUGAUUGAUGCUAAAAGAUCUAGCAUGAAGAUCUCCACCUUUGAUGCAGUGCAGACUGUCAAAUAUGUGCUGAGGUCAAGGGGCAAGACUGGCAUUGGCAUGUUCAAAAGAGAUGACAUCAAACUGGGGCCAGUUGAUAAAACUCUCUGCCAGAACAUUAGGGUUGCAGGGAGAAGGGACAAGACCGACAGAGAGAAGAGGAUGGAGGCAAAGCAGAAGAGGCAGGUGGAGUAUGGCUGCAGUGCUACAUGUGAAAGUGCAGAGAAGGCCAAGACCACUGCUCUGGCCGAAGAGAGGCAGACACGUCUCAAACAUGUUGAUAAGAAAAUUAAUGCAGCCAGACGCAAGGCCCUGGAUACAUUGCAGGAGGUGGCCAGGAAGAAGAGGAAGCUGGAGUAAAGCAAGAAGAUAGUUCAAUGAGAGUUUAUGUUUCGGAAUAAAAAAUGAAAUUGAAUAUUACAAAUUAGCGUCUGUGUAUUUUGAUUUUCAGAAUUUCAUUUUAGUCUGUGCCUAUGGGGUGGGCUGGGGAUGGCAGGGGUUGGUGGCAAUGUAAGUAUCUGGAUAUUUGCCGCUGGGCGGGGGCUUCGAUUACCUCUCUCUUUUUUGACCAUACAUGUGUUUGCACCC